AUGGCUCCAGCAAUACCGCCGCUGAAAGACCCAAGUCUUCUUAUUGACCGUGCCUUUGUGAACGGUCAAUGGGUGGCCAGCGGCUCGGGAAAGACAUUUGAGGUCACAGAUCCGAGUACCGGUGCUCUGGUCGGCACAUGUCCAGAAUGUGGCGUUUCAGAUACAGAGGCUGCUAUCGACGCUGCAGCCGUUGCUUUCAAAGCAUUCCGAGCCACAACCGCCCGGCAGCGGUCAGAUUUGCUAAGAAAGUGGCACCAGCUCAUGCUCGACAAUGCAGAAGACCUUGCCAUUCUGAUAACGAUGGAGAACGGGAAGCCCCUGGCAGAUGCUCGUGGGGAGGUCAAGUAUGCGUCCGACUUUCUCCUCUGGUUCGCGGAAGAAGCGCCUCGGAUCAACGGCAGUACCAUCCCGGCCAGUGUAGGUGGUAAGCGGAUUUUGACCGUCAAGGAACCCAUUGGGGUUUGUGGGCUGAUCACGCCAUGGAAUUUCCCUGCGGCGAUGGUCACGCGCAAGGCUGCCCCUGCCAUCGCAGCGGGGUGUACCGUGGUCGUCAAGGCACCAGGCGAGACCCCCUUGACGUCGCUCGCUCUCGCAGAACUAUCCAAGCGGGCGGGCUUCCCAGCAGGCGUGUUCAAUAUCAUCACGACGCUCGAAAACACCCCGGCCGUCGGCAACGCGCUCUGUACGCACCCGAAGGUCAAGAAGGUCUCCUUCACGGGGUCUACGGCCGUCGGGAAGCUUCUGAUGAAGCAAUCGUCCGACACGCUGAAGAAGCUGUCGAUGGAACUCGGCGGCAACUCGCCAUUCAUCGUGUUUAACGACGCCAAUCUCGAUGCCGCCGUCGACGGUGCGUUGACGAGCAAGUUCCGCUCGUCGGGCCAGACAUGCGUCUGCGCGAAUCGCAUCUACGUGCAGAAGGGGAUCCUGCCGGCCUUCAGCGAGAAGUUCGUCGAGCGUGUCAAGCAGUACAAGCUUGGCGCCGGAUUUGAUCCGUCAGUCACGCACGGUCCGCUGAUCCACGCCCGCGCCGUGGACAAGGUGGACAGCCACGUGCGGGAUGCGGAAGCCAAGGGCGCGCAGAUCGCACUCGGCGGGCAGAGGAUUCCCGGCCUCGAGGAGCGUGGCCACUUUUACCCGCUCACCGUGCUGUUGAACGCGACGCCCGAGAUGCGGAUCGCGAGGGAAGAGACCUUCGGCCCCGUAGCGGCACUUUUCCCUUUCGAAACCGAAGAAGAGGUCCUCGCCAUGGCCAACGCCAGCGACGUCGGCCUGGCGGGCUACUUCUUCAGCCAGGACGUCCAGCGCUGCUGGCGCGUGGCCGAGGCCUUGGAGGUGGGCAUGGUGGGCAUCAACACGGGCAUCAUCAGCGACCCUGCAUCCCCUUUCGGGGGCGUCAAGCAGAGCGGAUUCGGACGGGAAGGCAGCGCACUCGGCAUCGAGGAGUACCUGACGGUCAAGAGCAUGACCUUCGGCGGUAUCUAG